ACCAGCCGCUUAUCAGUUCAAGGGAACGAAAUGAUGUCGAAAUGGAAGAAAAUUGAUGCUACAUAUAGGUUCAUAGUAGUGUUCUGAUAGAAGCAACAUUUUCUUACUUUUAUUUAGGAGAACAACCCUCUGUUUUUUUUAGUACAACAAGGGCAAGAGUUGGAGAUUCAACUUCCAAACCUCUACUCUAAUGGAAAGAACCAACCUCUUUUUGAAGCUAAUAGACUCGAAGCUCCCAUGUAUGGCCUCAGAAAUUCAGUUAUCAAAGAGAAUGCUCCUUUACCACGAGGAUUAAGGUGGAAAGUCUUUACUGAACCACUACUUCUCACUUUCUCUCUCUCACACACACACGCGCGAGAGAGAGACUAGGGAAGUUGGGGAAGAUGCUACUAUCAUCAUCUUCUUUACUGCAAUCAUUGCCGGUUAAUCGUCCGAAUUUAGCAUGUAAACCGGCGAAUCCACGGACGGGUGUGAAGGUUCAGGCCAUGGCAAAGGAAGGAAGCGAGAGCGAAGGGGGCAUUGCAGAGACGGUGGCUAUAGCCGGUGGGUUAGUGGCGACCCCAGUGAUCGGUUGGUCGCUGUAUACCCUGAAGACAACUGGGUGCGGGCUACCGCCGGGGCCAGGUGGGUCACUCGGCGCACUGGAAGGCGUUAGCUACUUGGCGGUGGUGGGAAUCGUGGGUUGGUCUCUGUACACGAAGACGAAAACUGGAUCGGGUCUGCCCAACGGCCCUUUCGGGCUAUUGGGCGCCGUGGAAGGUCUGUCCUACUUGAGCUUGUUGGCCAUCUUGGUCGUUUUUGGGUUGCAGUACUUGGACCAAGGCUACAUCCCCGGACCUCUUCCGGCCGAUCAGUGCUUUGGUUGACGAUUCUUCUAUCCUGUGAUUUAUGUGGAUGUUGUUUCUCCGAACGUGUUGUAAAUCGUAGGGUCUCUGUUUGGUUUUAUUUUCUUUAUUUUCUGUUUACCGUAUCGUUGCAAUUCUGCGUAGAACCUGCCCUGUUCUGUUGGAUGAAAUGGUUUAGUCGAAAUCAUUUGCUUUGCUUUGGGGUCCGAUAC